CUAAUCAGAUGCGCGGUUUUCACGCCUGUCGAUGCGCGGACACUGCAAGGCGCUAGGGUUACUGGCAACCAGGGGGUGCUUUUUUAUUUACAAGGGCCGCUAUCUCCCGCCUGGUUCCUCGAUCUGUUCCUGCAAGCUAUCCCUCUCAGCAACCUCCAGCCCUUAGCCUUCCCUUGUGUUCCCAUUCCCGGUCGAUCACAGCUACACCAUGGUCGGGUUCUUCAAGUUCCGCCGCGGCCAGGACGCCAGCGACGCCGCCACUGACAUGGCCGCCGACGUCCACGCCAACACGCCCGUCGACGACGACAAGCAGGGCCCAGUCGUCGACGGCGUGCGAGCCAGCGACAGCGGCGAUGAGUCGCAGCGCGACAAGAUCCAGGAGGACGCGCAGCGCGGUGUCCAGAAGGUCGAGGCCGUCACCUUGACCUGGAGCCGGAACUCGCUGAUUGCCGUCUUCUUCCUCAUGUUCAUGCUCUACUUCGUCAACGCCAUGCAGUCCACCGUGCUCGGCAGCUUGACCGCCUUCGUCACCAGCGAGUUCGAGGCUCACUCGCUGCUCACCGUCAUCACCAUCGUGUCCAACUCGAUGACAGCGGCCCUGUACAUCCCCGUCGCCAAGAUUCUCGAUCUGUGGGGCCGAGCCGAGGGAUUCCUCAUCAUGACCGUCUUCGCCACUCUGGGCCUCAUUCUCAUGGCCACCUCCAACGGCCUGGCCACCUUCUGCGCCGCCCAGGUCUUCUACUCGAUUGGUUUCGGCGGCAUGACCUACUGUAUCGAUGUCAUCACUGCCGAUGUAUCCAAGCUCAAGAACCGAGGUCUUGCCUACGCCUUCACCUCGUCGCCGUACGUCAUCACAGCCUUUGCCGGUCCCAAGGCCGCUGAGGAUUUCUACGAAAAGGUCAACUGGCGCUGGGGCUUCGGCUGCUUCGCCAUCAUUCUGCCCUUUGUCGCCGCGCCCUUGUACCUCUUGCUGAAGGCCAACCUCCGCAAGGCUGAAAAGGCUGGCAUUGUCAUCUCCGAGAAGAGCGGCCGCACCAUCAUCCAGAGCAUCCUGUUCUACGUGAUUGAGUUCGAUGCCUUCGGUUGCUUCCUCUUCGCCGCCGGUCUCACCGUGUUCCUGCUCCCCUUCACCCUCGCCGAUUACGCUCACAAUGGCUGGUCCACGGACUACAUUAUCGCCAUGAUCGUCGUUGGCUUCUGCGUGCUGGCCUUCUUUGCCCUCUAUGAGAUUUACUUGGCCCCUAAGCCAUUCCUCAAGCACGACUUCCUCACAGAUCGCACUGUUAUCGGCGCGUGUCUCCUGGAUGCCACCUAUCAGAUCUCCUACUACUGCUGGGCCAACUACUUCCCCUCCUUCCUGUUGGUCGUCAACGGCGUCAGCAUUGCCGAGUCUGGUUACAUCAGCAACACCUUCAACGUUGUUUCCGGUGUCCUGCUGCUAUUCGUCGGUUGGGCCAUCCGCAAGACCGGCCGCUUCAAGUGGCUCCUCUAUGGCGCUGUGCCCCUGUACAUCUUCGCCCAGGGCCUCAUGAUCUACUUCCGCAUGACCACCAAGAAUGUCGGCUACCUCGUCAUGUGCCAGGUCUUCAUCUCUAUCGGUGGUAGCAUCUUCAUCAUCUGCCAGCAAGUCGCCAUCUUGGCCGCCGUCGACCAUCAGCACGUCGCCGCCGCGCUUGCGCUCCUGUUCGUCGUUGGUACUACCGGAGGAGCUAUUGGCAGCACUGUCUGCGGUGCCAUCUGGAACAACACCUUCCCUCAGGCCCUUGCGAGGAACCUCCCUGCCGAUGCCAUGGCCGAUAUCGACAACAUUGCUGUCGAUAUUACCGCCCAGCUGGCCUACGAGUGGGGAACCCCCGCUAGAAUCGCCAUCCAAGAGUCCUACCGCUAUGCGCAGACCAGGAUGUUGGCUGCUGGUGUCGGCGUCAUGAGUCUGUCCAUCGUUUGGGUUUUCAUGCUCCGCAACAUCAACCUUCACAAGAUCCAGCAGACCAAGGGUAUGGUCUUUUAAAUGGCAAACACCGGCUUUGGGCGAGAUACCCGACAAUCCUAUUUAUUUACUAGGCUUCAACGGCUAUAGUAACUUUCCUUCUUUUCUAGUGUCUGGGGCGAGGUUGAAGGACAAUGUCAACAUCUUCCCGCUAUUCUACCCUGUUAUCCCUAAGUGGACUAAUACAUAUCUCAAACAAAGCCUGGUCGAGCCGUUGUGGUCGUGUCAAGUUUAAUAAAAUACGAGUGUUCAUCGUUGGCGCCUCA